UAAUAAUAGUAAUUAAGGGUCUUAAUUGGCGAAGGAGGCUUGAGAGCUCAACAUUUCCGGCAGGCGAAUGCCCAUCCAACGAUAUUCCCACUGCGUAGGAAUCCUGUGCGAUAAAAACCACGAUUCCAUUCCGCGGUUGUCUCCCUUAUCAAAUCGUCACGACCGUCCAUCCCUCCUAAGAUCAGCACUAUAUUCAGCUGACUUUGUAUUAAAAAUAUAUAUAUAGCUUACUCCCAUCUAGGGUUUAUCAGUCACCCCCGACACACAGAGUCUCUCUCUCUCUCUCUCUCUCCUAAAACUCGCAAGCCACGCAGAGGAAAAAGAAAAGAGAAGAGAGGGAGAAAGUCACCAUGGCCGGCGAACCUGCGCCGCUGCUGGACAAGAUGGCCGCCGUCGCCCUAGACGACGCUGCUCCGGCAGCCCAAUUCUCCGACCGCGUCCUGAUCCGCACCAUUCUGGGUCGGGCCGACGGCGGAGCUGGCCUCGCGGGCCAGACGGUCAAGAUUGGGGGGUGGGUGAAGACAGGCCGUGAGCAGGGGAAGGGAUCUUUUGCGUUCCUGGAGGUGAACGACGGCUCGUGCCCUGCGAAUCUGCAGGUGAUCGUCGAUGCCGCCGUCGGGCCUCUAGGACAGCUCGUGCCCACCGGGACGUGUGUGCACGUAGAGGGGCAGCUGAAGGUACCUCCGGAAGGCACCAAGCAGAAGGUGGAGCUUCGGGUCGAGAAGGUUCUGCAUGUAGGCCCCGUGGAUCCUGCCAAGUACCCGUUGCCCAAGACGAAGCUAACCCUUGAAUUUCUCAGAGAUGUUGUUCAUCUUCGUCCAAGGACCAAUACGAUUUCUGCAGUUGCUCGAAUCCGGAAUGCACUAGCUUAUGCAACCCACACAUUCUUUCAAAAACAUGGAUUCCUCUAUAUUCAUACCCCAAUUAUUACGACCAGUGAUUGUGAAGGGGCUGGUGAAAUGUUUCAAGUGACAACAUUGAUCAGUGAUGCAGAAAAGGUGGAAAAGGAGCUGAUUAAGAGUCCACCUCCAUCAGAAGAAGAAAUACAAGCUGGCAAGCAAUGUGUCAAGGAGAAAGGAGAGGCUGUCGCGAAACUUAAAUCUGCUAAGGCUAGUAAGGAGGAGAUUAGUGCUUCGGUAGCCACCCUUACUAAAGCCAAGGAGGAACUUUCAAAGCUGGAAGAGAGAUCCAAGCUUAAACCUGGAAUUCCUCAUAAGGAUGGCAAGAUUGAUUAUGCCCAGGACUUCUUUGCCCGUCAAGCUUUCUUGACGGUCUCUGGACAACUACAAGUUGAAACAUUUGCAUGUUCCCUUAGUAGUGUCUAUACAUUUGGGCCAACUUUCAGAGCUGAACAUUCUCACACUUCGAGACAUUUGGCAGAAUUUUGGAUGGUGGAGCCUGAAAUAGCUUUUGCAGAUCUUAAGGAUGAUAUGAAUUGUGCAGAGGCAUACGUGAAAUUUCUGUGUCACUGGCUAUUAGACAAUUGCCUUGAUGAUAUGGAAUUUAUGGCAAAGCAUUUUGAUAAAAGUGCCAUUGACCGUCUAAAACUGGUUGCUUCAACUCCCUUCGAGCGGAUAACAUAUACAGAUGCAGUAGAACUCCUCAAGGAUGCAGAAAAGAAGGGCAAAAAGAAGUUUGAGAACAAAGUGGAAUGGGGAAUUGACUUAGCAUCUGAACAUGAAAGAUUCUUGACUGAAGUGGAAUUCAAAAGGCCUGUUAUUGUGUAUAACUACCCGAAAGCAUUUAAAGCAUUCUACAUGAGACUCAAUGACGAUUUAAAGACAGUUGCUGCUAUGGAUGUGCUGGUACCAAAGGUGGGAGAAUUAAUUGGGGGUAGCCAAAGGGAGGAGCGUUAUGAGAUAAUUAAGACGAGGAUACAAGAGAUGGGGCUGCCUCUAGAGCCAUACGAGUGGUACCUUGACCUGCGGCGUUACGGAAGUGUAAAACACUGUGGGUUUGGUUUAGGAUUUGAGAGGAUGAUUCUUUUUGCCACUGGCAUUGACAACAUCAGAGAUGUCAUUCCUUUCCCGAGAUAUCCGGGAAGGGCUGAUCUUUGAGGUUUAUUCUAUACAUAUAGUUUGCUUCCAUUUUGUCUGUUGAUGUUCAGCAUGGAAGUUAUAUUGUUCCCCUUCUAACUAGUUACUAUUAUGGCAAUUCUUGAUUAUAAACCAAUACUGCAUCAAAGUUUUGUAGUAUAAUUUAUAGUGCUUGUUUGGAAAAGCCCUAAAAUCUUUUCAUUGAUUUA